AUUGAUAGAUAGAAAAUACAAACACGGUUUGAUCCAAAAAUAAAAAUAUUUUUAAAUUUAAUACACGUCACGAGCUGAUAAUGGACAAUUAAUAGUUUCAACAAAUAAACUAGGGUCAGAGUUGUUAUGAAUGUUAUGAUAGAAUAACCACAUCCAAUCACAGUCAAUUAGUCCAGCGUACGACGAACAUCACCACUUGUAAACACAAACAUGUUGCGAAUAACCGGCAGAAGGAUUCUAAAAACGAAAAAAAUACCGAAACUCCAAAUACACAAAUACACCACCGAAAAUCAACUCCCUAACCAAGCCGAUGUUGUUGUAAUUGGUGGUGGUGUGGCCGGUUGUAGCCUUCUCUACCACUUGUCCAAAAGAGGUAUUAAGGCUGUUUUGCUCGAAAAAGCCAAAAUAACAAGUGGAACCACUUGGCAUACAAGCGCCUUAUGUUGGAGACUAAGACCCAGUGAUGUUGACAUAAAAUUGUUGGAAUCAACGAGGAAACUUCUCAUAGAUUUGGAAAAAGAAACGGGACUUAAUACGGGGUGGAUUAAUAAUGGGGGACUCUUCAUUGCCAAAACAGAGGAAAGAAUCCAAGAAUAUAAACGCCUUCACACAUUUGGACACUUUUUCAACAUCGAAAGCCAUAUAAUCUCCUCCAAUGAAGCAUCUAAACUCUCACCUAUGCUUGAUCCAAACAAGUUCAAAGGAGCUCUUUAUUCUCCAGGAGACGGAUUUACUGACCCAUCUAUGUACUGUGCAGCUCUCAUAAAAGGCGCAACAACAAAUGGGGGCCAAGUAAUUGAAAAUUGCCCAGUCAACAAUAUCUUAACCGAUUCAACUUCGGGUGUGAGAAAAAUUACAGGAGUUGAAACAUCAAAAGGUAACAUCAAAACAAGUUGUGUGGUGAAUGCUGGAGGGGUUUGGGCAAAAAACAUUGCUGAUCUAGUGGGUCUGGAUGUACCAAUAGUACCCAUGAAACAUUCAUAUAUUGUCACUGAAAGUAUACCAGAAGUGAAAAACACGCCCAAUAUUCGGGACCAUGAUGGGUCUAUAUAUCUCAGAAUUCAAGGAGACAGUGUCAAUCUAGGAGGCUACGAAAACAAUCCGGAAAUAAUCAAAGACAUGCCUUCCGAUUUCCAAUUCAGUUUGUUCGAAUUGGAUAAAAGUUUAUUUGAAGUUCAUUUAAAGAGUGCCAUGGAUAUAGCCCCAGUUUUUGGGAAUAUAGGGAUCAAGUCGGAUGUUUGUGGGGCUGAAGCCUUCACACCUGACCAUAAACCGAUUUUGGGCGAGGAUCCAAGACUUGCUGGUUAUUUCUAUUCUUGUGGUUACAAUUCUUUGGGGAUAAAUCUGAGUGGAGGUUGUGCAGAACAGUUGGCAAUAUGGAUUGCUAAAGGUCGUCCAGAAGAGCCGAUGUUUACCUAUGAUAUAAGAAGAUUUACACCCAAUCAACGAUCGGAUCGAGCUUGGGUCACGGAAACUAGUCAAGAAUGUUAUGCGAAAAAUUAUAGUAUUGUUUUUCCUCAUGAUCAACCUUUAGCUGGCAGAAAUCAUAAAAUUGGACCAUUUCAUGAGGCUUUAGUGGCCAGUGGUGCCGUAAUGGAACAAGCCCAAGGUUGGGAGCGGCCCGGGUACUUCGUUAAAGACAGGACAGCCCCUGUGCGGGGUUACGACUGGUACGGCUACUACGACCACGUCGACAAUCCCGACAAAAGAUAUGAACAAGAGUUGGAAGGAGAGUACACUUUUGGCUUUUCCAAACAUCACGACUUGAUUGGAGAAGAAGCCAACGCGGCAAGAAACAAUGUUGCACUUUUCGACCUCUCCUACUUCACCAAAAUGUACUUAACAGGUCCUGAUGCUGAAAAAGCCGCCGACUGGAUUUUUACUGCCGACACUGACAAAGAACCAGGACGAGUCGUCUACACUUGCUCUCUGAACAGUAAAGGAGGGGUUGAAGCCGAUGUCACAGUCACAGCGUUAGAAGAAGGCGUCGGUACUCUCGUUGGCCCUAUUUUAAAGGGCAAAGGGUACUACAUCGUCGCUGGGGGCGCGUCCGGUUAUCAAACAGUGUCCCACUUUAAAAAAGAAAUAACCAAAAAGAAUUUCAAAGCGCUCAUUAGUGAUAUUACCGAUAAAUUAGGUGUACUUUCAAUCCAAGGACCCAAAAGUCGAGAACUUUUGCAAUCAAUCACCGAAACUCCAAUCACCGACGAAAAGUUUCCUCCGGGGAUGUCGCACAUUAUUCAAGUCAAUGGUCACGUCUGUCGUGCGAUGAGAGUCAGUUUUAUUGGUGAAUUAGGUUACGAAUUGCACAUUCCUGUGGCGUCUUGUGUCGCCGUUUUCAAUAAAGUGGUCGACGCUGGUCGAGGUUUCGAUUUAAAACAUGCCGGUUUUCGCGCUUUGUACUCUCUUAGUCUCGAAAAGGGUUACCAUUUGUGGAACCACGAUCUUAGGAUUGAUGACAAUCCAGUCGAAGCGAAUUUGCAAGGGAUCUGUCGUAAAGAUGGGCAGUAUUUGGGUAAACAACAUGUACAAAAAAUGAAAGAAGAUGGAGUGAAGAAAAGAAGGGUUUUCUUUACAUUGGAGGAUCAGGUUGCUCUUUACGGAUUGGAGACUAUAUGGAGAGAUGAUACUAUUGUGGGGUAUUUGAGAAGGGGAGAUUAUGGGUAUAACCUUGACUGUAGUAUUGGAAUUGGAUACAUUGAACAUCCGAAAGGGCAAGUGGUUACCGAUGAGUUUUUGAAAAGUGGGAAUUAUCAAAUUGAAGUUUUGGAUAAGAGGUAUCCAGCGACUGUGUUUUUGAAGAGUCCUUUCGAUCCGAAAAGUCAGAGAUUGUUAGGACAGUAUGACCAGCAGUUCGAGGAACAGUCGCAUUUCGAAGAUUGAUAUUUCAGGCUUUUUGUUAAUGUUAAAUGAUUUUUAAUUUUAAAAAUAGACAUUUUUUUAUAAUUUA